GGCCCGGACACACCGGGCCGGCUUGGGGCUCCGCACGGCGGCGGGAGUCACCGGAGCCCCGGCCACGAAGGGGUGCGACCCCCCGCGGGCCCCGCCCUCCAGGCUGAGCCCCAGCCAAUCAGAGCGGCUUUUACUGGCGGGUGGGCCGAGCCGGCCCAGCUGCACGGAGGCUCUGGCAUGUCGGUUCCCGAUUCUGGUCCCCGGCCCCCAGCAGCGCCUGCCCCCUUCCCACCGGGGCCCCCCAUGAUGCCACCACCCUUCAUGCCCCCUCCAGGGAUUCCCCCUCCCUUUCCUCCGAUGGGGCUCCCUCCUAUGAGUCAGAGACCACCUGCGAUUCCCCCCAUGCCCCCUGGCAUCCUGCCCCCAAUGCUGCCACCCAUGGGGGCACCACCACCACUCACACAGAUACCAGGAAUGGUACCUCCAAUGAUGCCAGGGAUGCUGAUGCCAGCAGUGCCUGUCACCGCAGCGACGGCUCCGGGUGCGGACACCGCCAGCUCUGCUGUGGCUGGAACAGGCCCUCUGAGGGCCCUAUGGAGUGAGCAUGUGGCCCCUGAUGGGCGCAUCUACUACUACAAUGCUGACGACAAGCAGUCCGUGUGGGAGAAGCCCAGCGUGCUCAAGUCCAAGGCCGAGCUGCUGCUGUCCCAGUGCCCCUGGAAAGAGUACAAGUCAGACACAGGCAAGCCUUACUACUACAACAACCAGAGCCAGGAGUCCCGCUGGACCCGUCCUAAGGACCUGGAUGACCUGGAGGCUCUAGUCAAUCAAGAGGCUGCUGGGAAACAGCGACAGUCACAGCCACUCCAGCCACAGCCUCCUCAGUCCCAGCCUGAUCCCCCGCCUGCACCUCCGGGUCCCACUGCAGUGUCCACGGGCUUCCUGGAACCUGAGCCAGGUGGGAGUGAAGACUGUGUUGUAGCCGAGGCUGCCCAGCCACUGGAGCAGGGCUUCCUGCAGCAGCCAGAGGAGGGCCCCAACAGCUCUGCUGGACAGCACCAGCCACCACAGCAGGAAGAAGAGGAAUCUAAGCCAGAACCAGAGCGGUCUGGCCUCAGUUGGAGCAACCGGGAGAAGGCCAAACAGGCAUUCAAGGAGCUGCUGAGGGACAAGGCUGUCCCUUCCAAUGCCUCAUGGGAACAGGCCAUGAAGAUGGUGGUCACUGACCCUCGUUACAGUGCCUUGCCUAAACUGAGUGAGAAAAAACAGGCAUUCAAUGCCUACAAGGCACAGCGGGAAAAGGAAGAGAAGGAGGAAGCUCGGCUGAGGGCCAAGGAAGCCAAGCAGACCCUGCAGCAUUUCCUGGAGCAACAUGAACGCAUGACCUCCACCACACGCUACCGGCGGGCAGAACAGACCUUCGGGGAGCUGGAGGUCUGGGCUGUGGUCCCUGAAAGGGAUCGAAAAGAGGUUUAUGAUGAUGUCCUCUUCUUCCUGGCCAAGAAGGAGAAGGAACAGGCCAAGCAGCUCCGGCGCCGCAACAUCCAGGCCCUGAAGAGCAUCUUGGAUGGGAUGAGUAGCGUCAACUUCCAAACCACGUGGUCCCAGGCCCAGCAGUACCUCAUGGAUAACCCCAGCUUUGCUCAGGACCAGCAGCUGCAGAAUAUGGACAAGGAAGAUGCCCUGGUCUGCUUUGAGGAGCACAUUCGAGCUUUGGAGAGGGAGGAGGAGGAAGAGCGGGAGCGGGCCCGGCUUCGGGAGCGGCGCCAGCAGCGCAAGAACCGGGAGGCCUUCCAGACCUUCCUGGACGAGCUGCACGAGACAGGGCAGCUACACUCCAUGUCCACCUGGAUGGAGUUGUACCCAGCAGUCAGCACUGAUGUCCGCUUUGCCAACAUGCUGGGCCAGCCGGGCUCCACCCCUCUGGACUUAUUCAAGUUCUAUGUGGAGGAGUUGAAGGCACGAUUCCAUGAUGAGAAGAAGAUCAUUAAAGACAUUCUUAAGGACCGGUGCUUCUGUGUGGAGGUGAACACAGCCUUUGAGGACUUCGCCCACGUCAUAAGCUUUGACAAGAGGGCUGCUGCGCUGGACGCAGGCAACAUCAAGCUGACCUUCAAUAGUCUGCUGGAGAAGGCAGAGGCCCGGGAGAGGGAGCGGGAAAAGGAGGAGGCCCGGAGGAUGCGGCGCAGGGAGGCUGCCUUCCGAAGCAUGCUGAGGCAGGCCGUGCCUGCUCUGGAGCUGGGCACUGCGUGGGAAGAGGUCCGUGAGCGCUUUGUGUGCGACUCAGCCUUUGAGCAGAUCACCCUUGAGUCGGAGCGGAUCCGGCUCUUCCGGGAGUUCCUGCAGGUGCUGGAGCAGACCGAAUGCCAGCACCUCCACACCAAAGGCCGAAAGCACAGCAGGAAGGGCAAGAAGCACCAUCGGAAGCGUUCCCACUCGCCUUCAGGCUCUGAGUCAGAAGAGGAGGACCUGCCCCCACCAUCCCUCCGACCCACCAAGCGGAGGCGGCGGAACCCCUCAGAGUCAGGCUCUGAACCCUCAUCGUCACUUGAUUCAGUUGAAAGUGGGGGUGCUACCCUUGGAGGACGGGGAUCCCCAUCCUCCCACCUCCUUGGAUCAGAGCAUGGCCUUCGGAAAGCCAAGAAACCAAAAAAGAAAACUAAGAAGAGAAGACACAAGUCGAACAGCCCUGAGAGCGAGACAGACCCUGAGGAGAAACCUGGCAAGGAGAGUGAAGAAAAAGAACAAGAACAGGAUAAGGACAAGGAGCUCCGGCAGGCAGAACUCUCUAACCGCUCCCCGGGCUUCGGAGUCAAGAAGGAGAAGACAGGCUGGGACACAUCAGAAAGUGAGCUGAGUGAGGGAGAGCUGGAGAGGCGCCGGCGGACACUCCUGCAGCAGCUAGAUGACCACCAGUGAUGGGCUUCUCUCUGCCUCUGGCCUACGUGAGGCAGUGGCUUCAAGGCCACCCUCAGACUCCUUUUUUCAUCUGUCUGGUCCAUAUCCACUUUUCUUAAAGUAACUCCACCCUCGACACACCAACUUUUGGCACCCACCAAGGCUGCUCUUGGCGAUCAAGGGUCCCCCCGGUUCCCAGACAACUAGAGCAGUCCUUGCCCUGAGCCCCACGCCAGACCUGAGUGUCUUGUGGCACGUGGGAUGGGUGACGCCAGUAGAUAAAGUAUAUGAGAGAGAAGGGGCCUCCAGGGAAGAGGGGCUGGUGGAUACAGCCUAAGUGGCACAGGGCAGGGUCCUCACCCUCUAGCAUCAGUGCCUGCUCCUGCCUGCCCCAGCCCUGGGGCUCCACCACUGCUUCCUCCAGCCCUGGGACCCAGUGUAUGUGUUUUGUUUUUGUUUUUUAAAUAACAAUAUUUAUAACAUG